UUCUACACUUCUGUAAACAAAAGGAGUCAGAAAUUUAAAGUUGAAUUGGUAGACUUGGUAGUCAGUAAUCUAACCGAAGACAGAUCUAGAUCUAUAUACUAUACCACGUAACUUGAUCAGUCCAUUUUAAUAGUUGCGUCAUGAGUACUGCUAAGGCAAUUAGAUGUAUAUUUCUCAGUGAAUUUCAUCACACUCAGGGGCCAAUCAUAACUCACCAGGAUUUAUAUUCUCAUAUUUGGCAGACUCCUGAAGAAUACAUUUCUAAAGAGAUUUUUGAUGCUAUACAGAAUUUUGUCAUUACAAAGCCAGAGUUCCAGAACAGGUUGAUCACAAAGACAGCUUUUGGCCACAAGUUUGUAGGUUGCCCAAAGUACAUAGACAAUGACAAGUACAAACGCAAUGCAUUCAUUUUCAACAUAUGUUUUGUUGUGGCACCGGAAUCUUUGACCUCAGUGUAUGGAUCUGUUGUGAAAAAACUGUCAGCAUACUUAACACAGCUGGAGAAUGAACUUGGAUUUUUGUCAAAACCUGAAAAUUCAACACAAGUAUCUCAGUUUUUAAAGAAAGUUUUAGAUGGUCUUAAUAAUGAAGGCUGUUGCAACAUCAAAAUGGCCAAGUCCUGUACAGUUCAUCUAAAGCUGGCAGCCACUAUUCAAGACCCAAUCCCCGUAGAAGAUCAUGAUGUCCCCAUAUUCAUAGUUCCAAGAGAUAUUAUGAUGAAGUAUCAAUGGGACCUCACCACACAACAGAUUCUGCACUACGUUGAUGGCAUGUCACAUGUGUUGAAAAUAGCAGCUGAGGCAGACGUCGAGCUAAAUUUGGUCAAAGCAAGUCUUCAAAACCUUUUGCACUACAAAUUUAUGACAUUGGUUCCAAUCUUUCAGUACUGUAACAAAUACGUUACUGCGCCAGACAUACAAAAACUAGUAGAGGAUGUUCGCCUCCAGGAAGAAUGUGUUCGAUUUGUUGCCAAAUCGGAUCGAAGUCCCCCAGAAUUCAGAGAUGUUUUUGGAUUGUAUUCUGCUUUUUCAAAUGCAGUUACUGUUAAACAUUUGUGUUUGCGUCAAAAAAAUCCUCAUGUUUUUAGAGUUGAUGAAAGAAAACUGGUUCAGUUUGGGAUGAUGAAAGCUCUCAUCCGAAGAGUCCAUGAAUAUCCCAUAGCAUUACCAGGGGAGCCCCUGACUGCAGCUUUACAACCUUUGCAUAAAUACCUGGAUGGCAGGUACACAAUGGACCAGAUAUGUUGUCAGACAGGUUUGAGUCAUGAAGAGCUACAUGAACUAUUUGAACGUGAUGACUGCAUCAUGGUCAUCCAUAAAUAGUUCUAAGAGGAGGCUGUUCUGUAUUGCCAAUCGUGAAGAAUAUGUUAACAUUACUACAAGUCUGUGACAGAUAUGAGCUACUUAGGAAGAACAAUUUUAAAAGAAGACUGACAAGCCUGUACAUACCUUUGUUUAACCUGAAUCAGGUUAUAGCUGUAGAUGCAUCUUUUUAAAUGACAAAAGGCAGCCCUCUUUUUACAUUGGCCAAAUGAAGGCUGUAUAAUGUGUAUUAGCAGUCAUUUUUUUAAAUAAAGUAUUGGACAAACAACCAAGUUAUAGUUGAAUAUAAUGAAUGAUAUUGAUUGACAUGUUUUGUAAAUGUGUAGCAAACAAGUUUUCUUUUUUUCAAUUUCUUUAUUUCCUCUUUGAUAAAAAUGACCUGUUUAGUUACUAAUGAGGCUUUGGUUGUGUAUUUGAUCAACUACUGAUAACAGAGUAAUUUUAUUUUAGUUCUAUCCACUUGUUAUUCUUUACAUAGUUAAAAAGUGUACACAAUUUUUGCUUAGUUUUAAAUUUUUAUAACUUUAACAAAGUGCUUGUAUUGUUUGAGAAAGUAAAACCAUUUUGUGCAAUAAUUAUUCUUUCAAAAUUUUUUUUUUUCUAUAUAUCUAAUAAUAAAGUUUGACUGAUUUGGUACAAAUAAUUCCUAGGCAUUACUUUUUUACAUGAAUUUGUGUAAACAUAAUUCAAGUGUAUCAUUUGAAGAGAACUAUAAAAUUGAAUAAUGAUUUGAUGAAUAAAUUCUUAGAGAUAUUUCAAACUAUUAAUCCUUUUGAAAUUAUGAAUUCUUGUGUUCUUGUGAUUUUUAAAUUUGGCAAUGAGUUAUUGGAUAGGCUAUCUGUACAUUUUAUAUAGAUAUAUUUGCAUAACAUUAAGUUUGAAUUGAAGCAAAUGGCAUUGGCCCAGAAACUCUCAGGGGAGAUUUAUUAUUUAUUACAAAUGUUUGCAGAUGUCAUUAAAACUUUAUAAAAACUUGAUUGUGUUAUUUGUGUGGUCUUCAUUUUCUACAAAUUUGAUGUUUACUGUAACUAAACAAAAUAAAAAAAGCUAACAAAAUUUGUAUUUUACAUGUCACCACAUGUUAAUGAAAUUUAAAUGUAAAAAAAACUACUUUAACUAGGUCCUGCUGAUGCUCAAUAAUAUAAACA